AUGUGGCGGCUUCAAACUGCCAAAAGACACUGGGCCGCUGCCUUCCCCCAACAAGCGGCGCGCGGCGGCAGCAACAUCGCAGUGCAGCUGCGUCUCCCUGCAGGGGAAAGUGACUCGCCUGGCGAGGAGGGCUCUCCAGUGUCUCAACAGGAGCAGCUAGGAGGGUCGCAACACAUGCAAGUAGCAGCAGCAGCCACGAGCCAUUCGACAGACACAGCUGAAGCUGGAGCAGCAGCCACGAGCCAUUCGACAGACACAGCUGAAGCUGGAGCAGCAGCCACGAGCCAUUCGACAGAUACAGCUGAAGCUAGAGCGGCAGCCACACGCCAUUCGACAGAUACAGCUGAAGCUAGAGCGGCAGCCACACGCCAUUCGACAGAUACAGCUGAAGCCAGAGCGGCAGCCACACGCCUUUCGACAGAUACAGCUGAAGCUGGAGCAGCAGCAGGAGAGAAACCGACGGAGGCUUUAGCUUCCAUGACGGCUGCAGCGGGCAGUGCAAGUGCAGGCGCAUCUGCAGCACUCAGCAGCAACAAGGUCAGCAGCGGCAACAAUAAUCAUCGCUACAAGACGACCAAGCGGCAGAGCGAAACCUCUCCAUUCGCCCUCUCUACUUGGCUUCAAGGCGUGGCAGCAGCAGUGGAUGGGGAGCCUGAGGACGGUGAACUGCCUCCGGACGUUGCGAUGGAAGCCGCUGAUGCCACAGCCGAAGCACCUGCAGAGGUAGCGGCAGAAGUCACGCCGGCAGGAGGAAGUGUGGCGCAUUGUGGGUCUACCUCGGCUGCUUUUGCAGCCGCUGACACACCACGGGUAGCUUCGAAAGCAGACUCCUCCACGACCUCCUUGCUGCAGCUGUUGCACCAUACGUCUCAAUGGCCAUACGCAGCACUGGCAAAUCCCCCGACGUUGACAGCGGCAAGCAGCGAGCAGCGCUGCGGCAGCUCCCUGACGGGAGAGUUCACCAAGCCACCCGGCCUGUUGCUGGAGCCAGACACGCCAGGCAGCAGCCGCAUCCCCGCUGGCAAAUCUGGUGGCAGACUAAGCUUCCGCCUGCAGAAGAGCCCUGUGGAUGCACUGCACCUUCGCCGAUGCAAGCCACAACACCAGCAGCAACACCAGCAACAGCAACAACAACAACAGCAGCAAGCAGACCCUGCAGCAGCUACCACUGCAGGCGCAUCCGCACUGGCCCUAUCAGCUGCUGCACCCGCACCCGCAGCAGCACCCGCAGCAGCAGCAGCAGCAGCAGCAGAACGAAAGCUGCUCGAAAAGCGUAGCAGCAGCAGGAGGAGUAGCGGCGAUAGCAGUAGCAGCAGGAGCAAGAGCAGCAGGAGCGAGAGCGGCCGCGCCGCAGUGAAAGUAGCACCAGCUAUACAAGGAGCCAGAGCAGCAGCAGCAAGUGGCGAUUCUCGAGAUGCCGUCAGCAUCGCCAUGCUAAGCUUCGAGGAAGCCGCCGCGGCUCUAAGAGGGGCCAAAAGACAAACAAAAGAAGAAAGCUCUCAAGGCACCGCAGAAACGGGCAGUGCCCAGGCACACAGUCUCCCAGCAGCGACUACAGCACCAGCAGCAGGAAGAACGCCAGGAAGAAGGACGGACGGGAGGGGCUUCUGCAGCAUCAGCAGCAGCAGGGCAAGCGACGUAUGCACGAAUCCUGGAGCAGUUGCUCUGAUAGCAGGGGAACCAGCAACGGCAGCUCGAGGCGUCUCAGUAGGUGCAGCAGCAGCAGCGCGCUUGAGCAGAUCCUACGAGGAGCCCGUCUCUUCUGAAACUGCCGAUAUUGUGGGGCGUCCAGCAGCCAGUGUCUGCUCAGCAGGCCCCUCUGCGGCUGCGAUGACUGCUGGAGGGACAAACGAUGGCGGCUGUACAGCAAGUCGGCCGCUGGCGAUCCUUUCCGAAGCACCUGUGAAGGCGGAAGAGCCGUCUGCGCCUCCGCCAGUGACAGCCGUUUCUGCGUCGGCAGCCUCCCCCAAGCAACUUGAAAACAGCUGUUGGCUGCCUCUCCUUCCAGCGGCACCGACACAGACUGCAGCGGCGGACGCGUCAACGGAAGUAGAUGAGAUGCUCGCCUACUUUGAUGCGUUGCAGGCUGCCGGACUUGUUCCGAAACACCCGGAGCAGGCAAAUGAAGAAGCCACGGGAGCUGUCGCCGGGGGGUUUAGCAGCAAGUCUGCAUUCAUCGCGGUAGAUACUCUGGAAGGCGUGGCUACCUCGGGUAAGUGGGAGAAGUGUUCAUCGGUGGAAAGUCAAACUGAAUCGAGGGCAGAGGCACCCGCGCUACUCCUACUACAGGCAGCCUCGCAAGCACCUACUGCAAUGCGAGCAGCAGACGGCAGCAGUUCGGAAGCCACGGCCUUAGAGCUUCCCGCUUCGGUUCUGGACGCUGCUGUGCUGGAUGAUGCAACGCCUGCGGGGCCUAAAGCGCACAGAGACACUACACAUGAGGCGGAAGCACUCUCAGCAGGGGACGCUGUCGCUAGAGCCUCCAAACAAGAUGCCAGUACAACCGACGGCAGCAACCAUACCAGUGCUGGCGUCACCAGCUGUAUCGACUACAACGACUGCAUUAGCAAGGGCGCCGGAAGUACCAACAAAACAGAAGACACGCUGCUGCUCUCGGCAUGCCUCGAGGCUCCUGCAGCGAAGCCAACAGGAUUCUUGCGGAUGUUGCGAGGCCUCAAGGAAAGGGUAAACCGCUUUUAA